AUGGAGAAAAGAAUGGCAAAUGUUGAGAAGGAUAUGGCGACAAAUAUGGGAGCAGUGGUUAUCAUGGAAACCCACAUGAAGAAUAUGGGGAAUCGAAUGGCCAAUGUAGAAAGAAACACCACGGAUAUGGAUGGAAAACUGGAAGCAGUAAAUAAUGAGGUGAGAAAAUUGAAAACAGCUUUUGUUGAUGGUUUUGAUGAAAUGAAGAAUGUUCUUGUCAAGAUGGAUAAGACAGAAGAAAACCCGAGAAAAGUGAAAAAUACAGCAAGUGGUGAUAAGGAAAAUAUAAUUGUUGCUGGAGGACAGAGAACUAACUCUGUAGAGAUGUUUAACUGGCGUCAAAGAACAUGGUCGCCAUUACAAUUGUUGCCGGAGAAGCGUUUUGGAGCAAUUUCAUUUGUUUACAACAAUUAUUUGACAAUUGCUGGAGGUUACUCUUGCUGGAGGUUACUCCAAACCCUGAUAUCUCAAUGCACUGGAAAGACUGUCCUAUUACACUACCUGCUAAGUUGUUAAACCACAGCAGUGUGCUGUAUAAUGACUUGAUAGUUACUGGUGGUUUUAAGGCAAAUUCAGUGUCUGAUUGUAUUCAUGAAGUCCGGCUAGUGCCUCCCUAUACUGUCAAGACCAUGUCAAGAAUGCCAGAAUGAAGACAAUUUCACAGCACGGAAAUAUUUGACGAUAAUUUGUUGAUCGUUGGUGGAAGAACAACUACCAGUUGCAGCAACAGCCUUAGCAGUGUCGUACUGUAUGAUGUAAGGAAGAAUGAAUGUCAACAGUCGUUGGCACCACUGCCGUAUGAAAUCAGUGAGAUGGCAACUGUGAGAUGGGGAGACAACAUUGUGGUUAUAGGCGGCCGUGAUAAACGUCGUAAAGCAUUAGAUACAGAUAUCAUUUGCAAUGACAACACAGAACAAAGUUAUUUCCUGACGGCAAUGAGAUGUAAGAGAUGGAAGUGUGCUGCAGUUGUUAUUGAAAACAAUAUUGUAGUACUGGGAGGAGAGAAUGAGCAAGGAGCACGAAAGUCAGUUGAAGCUUUCAACUUUGAAAGAUAUGCUUGGCUAGAGCUUUCAGAAAUGUCUCAAGCAAGAGAUUGGCACACUGCUGUUGUUGUGUGA